AAUCACGUCACGGGAGGUUAUUUAUUUAUUUAUUCCUUGGAAUUAUUAGGUCACACCGCUUAUGAAAGGAACUGGCGUAUACGCUGAAAAAACGGCUGUUUUAAACUGCGAUCUCUUCUGUGGUGUUUCCUUUAACUGCGGCUCAUCCAGCACUGCGGCUGUCCCCUCACCUGAACGCGUUCGUACUUGACUGCUAAAGAACACGAAGAUACCGAGCCAAUUCCGUACAGCCGCCAGCUCCUAGAAAACAAGAAAUCUGCUUUCGAUAAGUUAGCACGGUCCCUGAGAUGCGCUCUGGACUUUUUGCAGCAAAAUUAUUGUGGAAGUGAGAUUUUUAACAUCACAGAAGCGGCAGUGUUUGUGUCUCUGACACAAUGGGGGUGCUGAUGUCCAAAAGGCAAAGUGUGGAGAAGGUGCAGAAAGUAAGUGUGGUUGUGUCAGCCUUUAAAGAAGGCCUUAAAGACAAGCCUACAUUUGCCUGUCGGCCUGAGCAACCAAAUUUUACCCAAGAACAAAAUGCAAUACCUACUGAGACGAAACCGCAAGAAAACGAUAAUGAGUCAAAGCAGGAGUCAUCUAGUUCCCACUUUACAGCUAAGGAUGAUGCAACAACAGCCUGGUCCAGACUUCGUGAUGGCCGAGGUUUGGAGCCAGAGGAGAUUCAGUGGGCUCAUCAACUUACUCCUCCUGCAUUCAUCCGACCAAAAAGGAAAAUUGAUGAUGAUCAGCCUAUUGAUAUUAAUUUGGAGGAACAAGAGCAGCUUGUUAAUGACGAGAUGUGUGAAAUCUGUGAAGUGUGGACUGCUGAAGAUCUCUACCCAUGUCGUAUCUGCACACGUGUGUUUCAUGAUGGCUGUCUGAGAGAAAUGGGUUACCUGCACAAAAAGAACCUUCAGCAUCUGACUGAAACUGCACAUACUGCUACUGGGUGGAGUUGUUAUUACUGUGAUAAUGUUAAUCUACUGCUUACAGAAGAAGAGAUGUACAAUCUUAUGGACACAUUCAAACAAUGCAAUAUCAUCCCAGAUUCCUGUCUUAGCUCUGAUGAGUUUCUGCACUACAAACACUUUGUUUCAAAGCAACAUUAUGGAAAGCAGAUGAGUGAAGAGAUGGAGGAGCAAGAGCUGAGACAGUUUUCUGCACUUGAACAGAGGGGGGAAAUUGAAUGGAUGGACUUUCUCUACCAUGAGUCUUUAAUUGUCCUCAAAAAAUUUCGCAGUAAGAAUUCUUUAGUGCGACUACUGACAGCAAAGGAGAGAGAUCGAGCUAGGGAUACAUUUAUCAGCCUUGACACAAAUGGCAGUGGACAUAUUACAAGAACAGACUUCAUGAAAUCACAGCAGACCUGGUUUCGAAAGCACACCAAAGGAUCACAGUCUUGCAAUGGAAGACUUUUUGGACUCUGCUCCCCAGUGUGGCAAUUAAGGAGGACCAAAAAUGUACUUUCUUUGCUGUAUUCUAGCAGUGAGAACAUUGGGAAGAUUUCUGCAAGCAGUACAAUGGGCCCUGGAAGUGGAGAGACUAUAGAAAAGUCAACAUUACCCUCUUCGGACAACACGCAAGUGGACUGGAACACUUUCUUAAGUGAAAGCGCCAUCUUCAUUGUGGCAUCCCGUCCAAAUAAUGCUGCAAUUCACCUGCACCCUCUACUAUAAAUCUCAAGACAGAAAUAUUGCCAAAUGCUGGAAGAAGAGCAAGCAUUGAACAUUAGGCUAACCUGCUCCUGCUAUGGUUAUAAACUAGCACAAUAGUUUAUGAUUUAUGACAUUUGAUUAAGUACUUUUAGUAGAAUAGCCUAUACAUCCUUUAGAAAUAGAAGUAAUACUGUCUCACACACAAAUCAGAUUGGCACACUACUCACUGAGCCUGCCAAUGCCAUUUUAUAUUGUUUCUCCAAACACAUAACUUUAAAAUAAACAGACCAAAAACUGCCUAGCAUAGAAUAUUCCAUAUAAAUUCUAAUGACAAUCAUAUUUUGGAAGUAAAGAUUACUUAUCACUGGAUUGUAAGAGUGACUGCAAAAAUACACCUUACAGAAAGAGACCAAUUUCUAUCCUUGUAAUGAAAGACUUCAGUUAAAUUAAGAACACACCUUGGGAGGCAUAUUAUUCUCAUGUCAUAAAAAUCAAGUUACACCAUUCAGGUUUUUGACUGUUGUAUGCAUCUAGAAUCUGCUAUGGUGUUAAACUAACUUCCACCUCUUAACUAAUGAUAGAUAUCAGGGCAAUCCCUCUACUCUCUCAAAACUUCAGCAAAGGUAACAUGAUGUACCAAAGCAAGGUCAAAAACCCACAUAUACUGUAUAAGGUGCUUGUAUUUUAAAUACAAUAUAUUUUAUGGUAUGUUAAAUAAGUGUGUUUUGUGAGGUAACCCAAGUUUGUGAUAGCCACUUUCCAGGAAGUUGUGCAUGUUGGCUGAUAGAAAAUUAGGGGGGGAUCAAUAAAUGACCUGCAUUUUAAGAAUAUUUGGUGACAAUUAGAAUUAUUACUCUUUCUGCUGUAAGCAGAAUGUCUUCUGUGGUCUACAGCAUAUGAUGUUCAGCCAUUAAUAUAUAAGAACAUUUGUCCGUAUUCCAUACUCAAAUAAGAAACAGUGAUGAAUUAAAGAUAUAUUGUUGUGGAGAAUCUGUGCAGAGAAAACUUAGUGUGAAAGUCUUUUGCAGCUAAUAAUUACAAAUGUAUCUUCAGAAAAACAGCAUUCAGUCAGGCUGUCUACAAAAAUGCAUGCAGAUUACAUAUAUUAUUUCUUUAUAGAUCAAUUUACUAACACUGCAAUCUUUAUACCUCGUGCAAAU